UGAGCUCUUAGGGUUUUAUAGGGGGUCACCUAUAUGCUCCUUAGUUUGGGAUCAAGCCAGUCGUACGUUUAUUCAUAACUUCCAGCUAUCUGCAACUUCAUCCGUGACACUCCUCUCCAUUUGCGCACUGACUUUUAUGCCCCAUUUUGUGGGAGAGUAAGGGGGGUUGGCCCAGCCAAUAGCUAGCCAAGGGCUGCAAAGUGGGUGUUCCUGAAGGAGGGUUUGGGAGGGCUUGUUCGCCCCUCCCUGCUGCUGGCCAGGCCAGUUUUCCUGACUUAAAAAAAAAUGGCCCAUAACUUUGCCAGCGUAAUAAAUAUGAAAAAUCGUCCGCUUGUGCUGGGUCCACCAUGAAUUUAUGGACGAUUCCAUGGAUGACACCACACCUCUCUUCCCUCUAGGUAACUAGUACCCCAUUUCCCAGUCUGGGAAGACCCCAGAGCUGCCAAGUUUGGACUCUCCCGGUUCCUCUGGGUGAGAGGUGCAUUUUGAGCGUAGCUACAUUCAUAAUUCCAUAUAGCCCCAAUAUGCUUUUUGGGGUUCUCAGAGCACGGUUCACAUGUCUCUCCUUAUUCGCUCCCCUCUUCCAGCUCUCUCUGCUUCUGAUGUGUAAAUUGACCAGGCAGAAUGGAAGGGGGCAACUAGCAUGUGUUUAACUUUCGUGGUUUCAAAGUGGCCAGGAGACACAUGGUCUGGUUUUGUCCUUUUGAAGCUGUCCGAGGUGUGAAGUGAGCUCUGCGGGGGGUGAUUAAAGGUCUGUGGUCUACAAAGGGCUGCAGGAGCGGCCAUAUAUGGACGUACUGUUCCCUGGCUAGAAGUGGUUCAUUUUUUUAAACUGACAGUCAACCGGAUUCUACUCAUAAAACAUUUUUAUGAAUAAAAUCCGGGCGGGGACGUGACAUCGCGUCACAAUAGGCUCUUGAGGCAUCUGUUCUAAGGUGUGUAUAUUGUGGACAUGAGGUAUUUUGGCUCCUGAGUUAGGACUAGCUCCCUAGUAAUUGAUCAAUCAGAAGGGAGCCUGUCAGAAACCUGGCUCCUAGCUACAGCCUGGGACCAGAGAAAAAGUAGAACGGCAGACAAGUAACUUGUAGAUGAAGAUUGCCCGCAUUUGUGUGCACUACGAACAUGGGAAUUUCCUGUUGCUGUGCAGCAUAGGAACGUGCAGGUAGAUAUCCAUGGGAUGUAUUGUGGGCAGAAAUUUUUUUUCCCUUUUAAACACAUGACCGAUUGAUUUACUGUUUCUGAAGAGGACACUUCUUCUAAUACUUUUCCAAUAAUCCAUAAACAAAACAAAACCCCGCUCACCAGUUCCAGACUGCUUCACUGCUCUGCUUCAAUGUGCUUACAUAUCUAAAUAAGUUCAGCAUGAAAAAAACUUCUUCUCCUUUGUAAGUACAUAUAAAAAAUCCAUCUUUGGACUCAUCACUGCUUUUACCACUUAAUACACCUCCAACGCGUUUCUGAUGCACACUGUGUCCUUAGUCAUGACACUAAAAUUUUAGAUCUGCAGUGACUAUUAAGUCAUUGUGUGCUUGUGUCUCCACAGAUGGAUCCAUGAGGAGAAAUCCACCAGAGAGAUGUCCCCGUCCUCUGUAUUCCCAGGACUGUCCAGAGGAGAAGGUCCCAGAGAACCCUCAGAUGACAAACCAGAUGGAAGAUCUGAUUAUUAUUAAAGUGGAGGAUGAAGAAGAGUGGAUGAUGGGCGAUCCCCCGUGUAAGAGUGAUGUGGAGGAGGACAUUCCUGGACAUGUCGCUACAGGAAAUCCCAGGAAGAAUUCUGAAGGAAACUAUAUUUUACCACUAAAUUAUAAUGAAGAUGAAGAUAUCAUGCAGCACUCUUCAGGAGAAAACCUUAAUGUACAUCCAGGACUUCAGACUACAGAUCUAUCAUAUAAUCCCCUUAAUCAUCAAGAACCUUUUCCUGACCAAUCACAGAUUGUUACCACAACUAAAGGUCAGAAAGGGGAUAAAGGGUUUCACUGUGUUAAAGAGUUCACAAAAAGCUCAGGCCUUUCUACAGACAGAAGAUUUCACACAAAGGAGAAGCCAUACUCCUGUUCAGAAUGUGGAAAAUGUUUUACAGAUAAAUCAAAUCUUGUUAGACAUGAGAGAAUUCACAGAGGAGAAAUGCCGUAUUCAUGUUCAGAAUGUGGAAAACGUUUUACAGAAAAAUCUAAUCUUGUUAGACAUGAGAGACGUCACACAGGAGAGAAGCUGUAUUCAUGUUCAGAAUGUGGGAAAUGUUUUACAGAUAAAUUAUGUCUUGUUACACAUAAGAGAAGUCACACUGGAGAGAAGCCAUAUUCAUGUUCAGAAUGUGGAAAAUGUUUUACCGACAAAUCAAAUCUUGUUAGACAUGAGAGAUAUCACACAGGAGAGAAACCGUAUUCAUGUUCAGAAUGUGGGAAAUGUUUUACUCGGAAAUCAUAUCUUGUUACACAUGAGAGAAUUCAUAAAGGAGAGAGGCCAUACUCCUGUUCAGAAUGUGGGAAAUGUUUUACAGUUAAAUCACAUCUUGUUAUACAUGAAAAAAGUCACACAGACGAGAAGCCAUAUUCAUGUUCAGAAUGUGGGAAAUGCUUUACACAUAAAUCACAACUUGUUAUACAUGAAAGAAGUCACACAGGAGAGAAGCCAUAUUCAUGUUCCCUUUGUGGGAAAUGUUUCGCACAGAAAUCAAAUCUUGUUAAACAUCAGAAAUUUCACACAGGAGAGAAACCAUAUUCAUGUUCAGAAUGUGGGAAAUGUUUUAGACAGAAAUCACAUUUUUAUAGACAUCAGAGAUUUCACACAGGAGAGAAGCCAUAUUUAUGUUCAGAAUGUGGGAAAUGCUUUACAGAUAAAUCAAGUCUUGUUUUGCAUAAGAGAAGUCACACAGGAGAGAAGCCGUAUCCAUGUUCAGAAUGUGGGAAAUGUUUUACACGAAAAUCAAAUCUUGUUACACAUGAGAGAAUUCACACAGGAGAGAAGCCGUAUUCAUGUUCAGAAUGUGGGAAAUGUUUUAGAGACAAAUCAAGUCUUGUCACACAUGAGAGAAUUCACACAGGAGAGAAACCAUAUUCUUGUUCAGAAUGUGGGAAAUGUUUUACAGAUAAGUCAUAUUUUGUUAGACAUGAGAGAUUUCACACAGGAGAGAAGCCAUAUUCAUGUUCACUUUGUGGAAAAUGUUUUACUGAUAAAGCACAUCUUGUUAUACAUCAGAGAACUCACACAGCAGAGAAGCCGUAUUCAUGUUCAGAAUGUGGGAAAUGUUUUACACGGAAAUCACAUCUUGUUAAACAUGAGAGAAUUCACAGAGGAGAGAAGCCUCAGCCAUACUCCUGUUCAGAAUGUGGGAAAUGUUUUACAGUUAAAUCACAUCUUGUUAGACAUGAAAGAAGUCACACAGGAGAGAAGCCAUAUUCAUGUUCAGAAUGUGGGAAAUGCUUUACACACAAAUCAAAUCUUAUUAUACAUGAGAGAAGUCAUACAGGAGAGAAACCAUAUUCAUGUUCAGAAUGUGGGAAAUGUUUUACACAAAGAUCACAUUUUCAUAGACAUCAGAGAUUUCACACAGGAGAGAAGCCAUAUGUAUGUCCAGAAUGUGGGAAAUGUUUUACACAGAAAUCAAAUCUUGUUACACAUGAGAGAAGUCACACAGGAGAGAAGCCGUAUCCAUGUUCACAAUGUGGGAAAUGUUUUACACAGAAAUCAAAUCUUGUUACACAUGAGAGAAGUCACACAGGUGAGAAGCCGUAUUCAUGUUCAGAAUGUGGGAAAUGUUUUCGAGACAAAUCAAGUCUUGUCACACAUGAGAGAAUUCACACAGGAGAGAAACCAUAUUCUUGUUCAGAAUGUGGGAAAUGUUUUAUAGAUAAGUCAUAUUUUGUUAGACAUGAGAGAUUUCACACAGGAGAGAAGCCAUAUUCAUGUUCACUUUGUGGGAAAUGUUUUAUUGAUAAAGCACUUCUUGUUAGACAUCAGAGAACUCACACAGCAGAGAAGCCAUAUUCAUGUUCAGAAUGUGGGAAAUGUUUUACAAGGAAAUCACAUCUUGUUAAACAUGGGCUAAUUCACACAGGAGAGAAGCCAUAUUCAUGUUUAAAAAUUGGGAAAUGUUGUACAGAAAAAUCUGAUCUUGUUACACAGGAGAGAAGCCGUAUUAAUGUUCAGAAUGUAUGAAAUGUUUUAUAGAUAGAUUUGUUAGACAUGAGACAGGUCACACAGGAGAAAAAUCAUAUUCAUGUUUAGAAUGUGAGAAAUGUACAGAUAAAUCAGAUCUUGGUAGA